GGCGCAAACGCAGCAGCGCAACAACAAUCGGGAAGCGAGGGGGCGUCGGCGGCGGUCGCAGCGGUGAUCGCUGUCAGCAGCCGAUCCCGGAUGUCCCGUUUCCCGCACAAGUCGCACGCGCAGAUGUUGCCGACAUAAUGAACUUGGCCAGUCAGAGUGGAGAAGCUGGCUGCAACCAGCUGCUCUUCGCUAACUUCAAUCAGGACAACACAUCUUUAGCUGUUGGCACCAAGUCUGGCUACAAAUUCUUCUCUUUGUCCUCCGUUGACAAACUGGAACAAAUUUAUGAAUGCACUGACACAGAAGAUGUGUGCAUUGUGGAGAGGCUCUUCUCCAGCAGUCUGGUGGCCAUUGUUAGCCUGAAAGCCCCCAGGAAGCUCAAAGUUUGUCACUUCAAAAAAGGAACUGAGAUCUGCAACUACAGCUACUCAAACACUAUUCUCGCCGUGAAGCUCAACAGACAGAGGCUGAUAGUAUGUCUGGAGGAAUCACUUUAUAUUCACAAUAUCAGAGAUAUGAAAGUGCUCCACACCAUCCGAGAGACCCCACCCAACCCGUUAGGGUUGUGUGCUCUCUCUAUCAGCAAUGACAACUGCUAUUUGGCAUACCCUGGAAGUGCAACAAUAGGAGAGGUGCAGGUGUUUGACACUGUCAAUUUGCGUGCUGCCAAUAUGAUCCCUGCCCAUGACAGUCCCUUGGCGGCACUGGCGUUUGAUGCAAGUGGCAGUAAACUAGCAACAGCCUCAGAGAAGGGGACUGUGAUCCGCGUGUUCUCCAUUCCAGAAGGACAGAAACUCUUUGAGUUCAGGAGGGGAAUGAAGAGGUGUGUUAGCAUCUGCUCACUGGCCUUCAGUAUGGAAGGGCUCUUCCUGUCAGCCUCCAGUAACACAGAGACUGUGCACAUAUUCAAGCUGGAAACGCUGAGGGAGAGGCCACAAGAAGAGCCCACAACCUGGACAGGUUACUUUGGGAGAGCCCUGAUGGCAUCCACCAGUUAUCUUCCAGCGCAGAUGUCAGACAUGUUCAACCAAGGCAGGGCAUUUGCCACCGUCAGGUUACCAUUUUCUGGACACAAGAACAUCUGCGCACUUGCCAUAAUCCAGAAGAUUCCUCGUCUGCUUGUGGCAGCAGCUGAUGGCUACCUUUACAUGUACAACUUGGACCCGCAGGAUGGCGGCGAGUGCACCCUGAUGAAGCAACACAAAUUGGACGGCACAGUGGAUUCAGCUAAUGAAAUCCUCGAACCUGCUCCUCUUGACCGCCCACUCAUUGCACAAGGCUACAGUGCAGUGGUGAUCAAAGGCUACUCUGAGGACCAGGGGGCAGCUGGGGGCAUUGGGGUGGAGGAAGAUAUGAGCUGUCUGCGUUUGGAUGAAGAGAAUGAGCAGCCUCCCAUGACUUUGGAGACAGACUGACCACCUGAUAACCAUUUUGCUUCAAUGGCAGGGGCCAGAAAAUCCAGUGACAUGACAGUGAGGGAGUCUUUGUUGCCUGCUGUGAAUUCGUACUGAUGUAAAAGCUGGAUUAAGGGAGAGUAAGUUUGUUUCAAACUUAACUGUGCAUUCGAAUGUAUGUAUAUAUAGUAAAUAAUAUGCAACAUGUUUUAUGGUGGCUUUUAAGUCCAUGCCUGGCUUCAUCUAUUAACAGAGAUUACAAUGGAUCUGUUUUGUGUGGUGUGUGACGCCUCCUAGCAUUGCAUGUACAUGUGCCAUGUAUAUUAUAUAACUAUAACUCAUUUGUGCUCCAGCGGUCAGGGAACUUUUCCUCAGUUUUUAAAGGUUCUCGAUGUUGUGUUUUUUUUUUUUUAUUAUUUUUAAAGAAAAAACACAAUAACAUCCUUAGAUGGUCAAAUCCACUGCGCUACCACACCCCCUUAAACCCCAAACAGGUUUUCUUAAUUAUCACUGGAACAGUUUAAAACACCUAUGUAAGUAUCAACCUUUGAUUUCAGCACAAUAUAAAACUUCAUGGUUACCAAACUCUGAAUGGGCUCAUUAAUGGGUAUCUUUCUAGGCAGUGCAUUUCAGAAACUGUGUUUUCCUCAUAUCCAGUAGACAGCAACGCACAUUCAAUGAUGAAAUUAAUUUUAAAAAAAGGCAAAAAUUUCAUAUGAGCAAGGUCAUUUACUGUAAUGAACUGUUACUGUAAUCAGCAAGGCAAGUGAAGAGAAGUUGAUUAUGAGUUAUGGUGUGGUGGAGGAAGCUUGGGACUCAUUCUUGCACAAACGUGUCAAAACAGCAAAGAUGACACAGGAAACUGAUAGCUGAUUGUACUUUAGCACCAACUACAGUACAUUACUGCACUUCCGUUUCACUCAUGCGACGCAUGACUUUCAGAUUUUCUUUUGACAUACUUUGGAUAAAUUUUGUUGUUGAUUUUUUUUUUUAUUCUUGGAAAUCGGAAAUGUGAUAUUAAAAGCUGAGUUGUUAUAUCGAAAUUCACGGUAAAAUUUUGAAAUCAGCCGAUAUCUGUUUUACGACUGCCACCAAUGUCCUUCAGCAAAACCUUGUGGAAUCACUCCCUCUGCUCCAGAGAAGUCAAGUCAGUGGUCUUUUGUACACCACCAGGCCCUCAUAAUGAUGGUCAAACUACAACAUCACAUUUAUUUGAUGCUUUUCUCCAAAGCAACUUAUAAUGUUAAGCUACCUUCGAUUACAG